AUGGUCGAUCAGGUCGAUCCACAUGAAUAUAGAUCGUUUUGUUUUCGUGGUGAAGGAAGAGCGAACUUCGUCAUCAGUGCCAAGCAUACAUCCUCGGGAAUAAGGAUCGUUUGGAGGUUUACGAAGGAAAGAAAAACCGGUCUUAUAUCAUGGAAAGCAAAAAGCGAACUGGUUAACAAGUAUAUGGAGAGGUUUAUAUCACCAUGCUUCGAUCCACGAUUUCUUGUGAAUUCGAAAAUCAUCGAGAUGACUAUUCAAAACGUACAUCACCUAGCCAAGAUUCCAUCUCUUCCUGCUAACCUCAAGAUAGAAACAUUCAGCGAGCUGCAAGCAUUUCCUACUGAUCUUUCGUUUUUUCCACUUUCCAGUGUUCCUAGAAAUGUUAUGAAACUAUCAGCUCUUGAAAUGAUUGAUGCCACAAGGAUUCCGAAGCAUUUGAUUUCUUAUAUCGGGCCAACAAUCACGGUGGAGAUAAAGCCUAAACAGGGGUUCUUCCAAAACCAUGCAACAGUUGACCUUCCUUAUUGCAACAAUUGUAUCCUACAGCUUGAGAAGUGUGGGUCGGAGCAUUUCGAGAAGAUGUACGAUUUUUGUCCUCUGGACCUAUUUUCUGGCAACCUCGCUCGAAUGAAGUUAGCCGUGGAGGCCUUGUUAAGGGUGCCACAUAGAAAUUUUCGUCUGUUCAUAGAUGGAAAUUUAGUUCAUUCUGAUGAGUCUUUGCUUGAUCCUGCUCUUUUCACCCAGACUUUGUUCCCAAGCGGUCAAGGUAAUACGGAUGACUUAGUUACAGUGUUGUGUCUUAUUUUGGCUGCUUGUGACGAUGUCCGUGAUUUUUCUUUGCGUGAUCAUUCAGUACUGGGUCAAAUUCUGGCUGCACAGAAAAUAGAUUCUGUAGGGAUUUUGAGAGCAAAUCAGAUAUACAGGGCCUUGCCUGCGUUUGUACAGAAGGAAUUAAAAAAUAAAAAUCGUCUUCCUGUGAUGGGUUUGGAAGUGCUGGAAGCAAAUGACGACCGUGCGUUGCUAGAGAAGUAUCUUUUAGCUGCUACAAUGAAGGAUUGCUCUGUUAGUUCAUUCUCGAGUACUGAUGAUGCUCAAAUGGUCAAACUAGCAAAUGGUUUAUGUUUCGCAUAUUCUGUGAAAAUUGUUGAUCUGGAUCCGAAGACUCCGAAGAACUUAGUCAAUGCCUUUGGGAGGUUUAUGGCUGGUGUAAAGAUGAUUCGUCUUGAGUCAUUUUCAAGACGGCCUUGUGUUGAUUACGUAUGA